AUGCCCGAUGGAGGGAACUACUGGCAAACUUAUGAGAAGAUCGGAGAGUACAAUGUGCACCUGAACACAUUUGAGCGUCUAUGGGCCGCAUGGUAUCAAUUCAUGGGCAACGAUGUUCUCGCGACUGGUAUCAUGUCGUUCGUUCUUCAUGAAGUGAUCUACUUUGGACGGUCGCUUCCCUGGAUCAUCAUCGACGCAAUUCCGUACUUCCGUAAAUACAAAAUUCAACAGACAAAAAUCCCCACUGCGGAAGAGCAAUGGCGAUGCGCAAAGCUAGUUCUCCUCUCUCACUUUACUGUUGAGCUUCCACAGAUAUGGCUUUUCCACCCCAUGUGCAAAUACUUUGGCAUGGAUACCGGAGUUCCCUUCCCUUCAUGGACUAAAAUGGCCUUCCAAAUCGCCAUCUUCUUCAUCAUGGAGGAUACAUGGCAUUACUGGUCUCAUCGCGCGUUCCAUUGGGGACCACUCUACAAACAUGUCCACAAGAUCCACCACACCUACGCUGCCCCAUUUGGUCUUGCCGCCGAAUACGCAUCGCCCAUCGAAGUCUUGUUCCUCGGUAUUGGAACAGUCGGUUCUCCUAUUUUGUGGUGUAUGAUCUUUAAGGAUCUCCACAUUCUCACCGUUUACAUCUGGAUCACUCUGCGUUUGUUCCAGGCCAUCGAUGCUCACUCCGGAUACGAGUUCCCAUGGAGCUUGCACCAUUUUCUUCCUUUCUGGGCUGGUGCCGAACAUCACGACGUGCAUCAUGAGCGUUUCAUUGGCAACUAUUCCAGUUCUUUCAGGUGGUGGGACUAUGUUCUUGAUACCGAGGCUGGACCCGAGGCUGCCAAGCAGCGCAGAGAACGCAAGCUGGCCAAAGAGGCAGCCAAGUCGAAGAAGGCCCAGUAA